AUGCCCGCCGGCCAUGUCUCCCCGCUCCCCCCAGAGCAGCCCUUAUACACCCCCCAGCUCGUCCACCGGCAGUCCCUCCCUCUCGCCCAGCAAGCCCAGCAGCAGGCGGGCUAUCAGCAAUAUGCGUUAGGCACCAUGGGCCAACCUCGGAAUGGCUUACCCGUUCAGACUCGGCCCAUGUCUAGCAUAUAUAACCAUCCCAAUCUAUCCUCGAAUUCCGCAACGACGCAGUCGAACCCUGGCACAUACAGGUACAAUGAUGACGUUACGGUGGCAGACAUUCGGAGAUCUGCCAGCUCACGUGUUGCACCGAGCGGCAUGCAUGGCAGCAUACCCGCCAGAGAAUCCAGCAGGAGUGACAGAGGGUAUCGGCAGCCGUCACAGAUAACCGUCGGAAACGGACCAGCUCCCCCUCGGAGAAGCUCUCGUCGUCUUCCCGUAGACGGAACUAACAGCAGCAGUGCACCAGCCACAAGCCAAUUGUCUGGCUCUCCAUACGGCGUCGAAGGCGGUCCCCUACCGAGCAGCGAAGACUGGAAAGAAAGGGGAGCGGCGGUCGGGACAAGACAGGAGGUUGAUCAAAAUGGCCGACCGGUCACAAGAGUGGUGAAAAAGGGAGUGAAGGACUUCAAUUUCGGCAGAACAUUGGGCGAAGGCUCCUACAGUACCGUCCUGGCCGCUACGGAUCGACAGACGCUCCGGGAAUACGCCAUCAAAGUACUCGACAAACGCCACAUUAUCAAGGAGAAGAAGGUCAAAUAUGUGAAUAUUGAGAAGGACACACUGAACCGCUUGACGGAACAUCCAGGCAUCGUUCGACUGUAUUAUACCUUUCAGGAUGAGCGUUCGCUCUACUUCGUCCUCGAUCUAGCCGCUGGUGGAGAAUUGCUUGGAUUUUUGAAGAAGAUGACAACAUUCGAUGUCGAGUGCACACGGUUCUAUGGCGCUCAGAUACUGGAUGCAAUCGACUAUAUGCAUUCAAGAGGGGUAAUACAUCGUGAUCUGAAACCGGAGAACGUGCUAUUGGAUGAUCAAAUGCAUGUCAAGAUUACGGAUUUUGGUACAGCAAAGAUUUUGGAAAGUCUAAAGCCGAAUGGAAUUGGCUCGAUAUCUGGUGAUCCUUUGGACGGGGUCGAAUCAGACCGAGCACAAUCUUUUGUCGGGACAGCUGAGUAUGUCUCGCCAGAAUUACUGACGGACAAGAAUGCUUGCAAGGCGAGUGAUUUGUGGGCAUUCGGUUGCAUUAUUUACCAGCUUCUCGCUGGACGACCUCCAUUCAAAGCCGCAAACGAAUAUCAAACAUUUCAGAAGAUCGUAGGAUUGGAGUAUACUUUCCCAGAUGGCUUCCCUCCAGUUGCAAAAGACCUGGUUGAGAGGUUGCUUGUCUUGGAUCCACUGAAGAGAUUACCCAUGGAGCAUAUUAAGAGCCACGAAUUCUUCGAUGGAAUACAAUGGGGAAAAGGCUUGUGGAGAACAAAGGCUCCGCGUCUGAAGAGCUAUGUUCCACCUGCUCAUGAACCCAUCCGACUAAAUGGUAAUAGCGGCCCGGCUGGCACGACAAGUAUUCAUCUCGGUAACAUCGUAACAGGCCCAACAACUCCUGGCACAUCCGCUAUCACUCAGCUACGGCCGACACCACGACUUGUCACCGAGCUGCCACCUCCAAGUCAGUUAGACAUUGACUGGUCUCCAGUGUUGACCAAGAGGAACGAGCGAAUAUUGAUGCUUAAUCAAAUGUUUGUCACACAACAUCCUCCAGGUCAUCCCCUUGGAGGAAAAGAUGAGGCUGCGGUGGAAACACCUAAGAAGUUCUCACGGUUUUUCGGCGGCAACACUGUAAAGAAGCGGCAACGACUGGUUAUGGUCACCUCAAGCGCUCGAAUCUUGAUGUGUGCUUCGGGGACGAACGACAAGAAGCUCAAAGAGGAGCUGUCGCUACUCGCUCCGGGCUGUACGUGGACAAGCUUUCAUGAUUCGAAAGGCUUAACGUGCUGGUGUGUUGAAACAAAAGACAAGCAGUUCGUUUUUGAAGACCCCAGUAACACGACCAGAGAUCCAGAAGGUAGCAAAUACUCGACCCAAGAAUGGCUCGACAACAUCGAAAAAGCAAGGGACUGGGGCCUUUCCCAGAGUAUGGCAAAUUCCUACUCGGAGGAUUCGACACUAAACGAUCUCAACUCGACUCUUUCAAGCCCUGCCAGUACGUUAGGAGGAGAUUCUGCCCUCGACGGGGUCAACAUCCCAACUGCACGCCAUCUUCGAAAAGAGCAUGAAGAGACCAAUUCCCUCAAGGGCAGGAAGCGGUUCAGCAAACGCCAUUCCAAAAAUGGUCUCGCGAAUUUUUGA